UUUAUUUUUUCCUUUUAAUAAAUAUACAUAUAUAAUAUGAGUCAUCGUGAAUCUGCUAAUUUUAAAGUUGCUCAUGCUGAAGCUGCUUUAGGUGCUGGUCGUCCUUAUGAAAAAGCCCAACGAGGACAGCCUGAAAUGUAUGAUAGCAUGAAAGAAUUAGAAGAACAGCAUGCAAAACAAUACAGUCAUGGUCCUUCUCAUGAAUCAAGAGGUCAACGUAUUGACAAAGAAUUAGAACAAGAAGAUAAAGAAACAAUUAAAAAGAUGGAUCAAGCUUAUAAUCAAAGACAUAAUGAACAACAACAACAACAUUAAAUAUAUGAAAUAAAUAAAUUGAUGUACAUUUUUUUUUUACUUUAUUUUUAUUUGUGCAUUGUGUGUGUGUGUGUGUGAAAAUUCUAGAUUAGGCAGUAAAGAAAAGAACAAGUAAACAAGU